AUGGAAGAAUAAUUUACCCCAUUUACUAAUACAUAAUUCGAAAAAUCUGAUAAGUUAAACUAGCUUUAUUUUGCCACACCAUCACAAAGUAAUAAUCAGCUAUUAAAGCUGAGUAAAUUCGAUUCAGAAUAUGGAAGUAGUAGUGAAGUCUCAACUCAAAAAUCUACUCCAACAAUUGGGCUUUCACCACUAACAAGAUCAAGCUCCGAGGACGAGGAUAAAACAAGUCUAUUCUCUUCUUCAGAUCUAGCUGAUAAGUAGGAUUUCCAUUAUGAAAGCUCAACUAUGAAGUGCUCAAGAAACCUAAAGUUUUUGCUUGAGGCUGAAGAAGAGAUGGCUAGCAUUUGGUAAAAUGCAAAUAAAAAAUCAAUCACUAAACCUGUUGUCCUUAUAAAAUAAAAGAAUACAACCGAGAGCAAUGAUGACCACUCAGGAAUUAAGAGAUCCUCCUCUUAACCCCAUAAUCUCUUGGAUUUAGUCCCUGAAAGAGUUUCUCUCAACUUCGAGAGACAAAUGUCGGAGCAAUAACUGAUACCUUAAAGACCACGAAAUCCAAUGGCUCUCGAUUAGGACUACAAUGGGAAUUAUUAGUUUAUUCAAGACAAAUAAAGAGGCUUCUCAGAGCCCUCUCAGAAUCUUUAUAAUUCUCAGCCAUAUUUCCAAGAGUAAUAUUUUAACAAUACAUAUGAAACUCAGUAAUAAUACUAUAACAGCUAUCAUCAAGAAUAUAGUAUGUUUAGCUAUCAAAACUAAAUGUAAGGCCAAUAUUUGGGGGCCAAUGACUGUUACCACUACCAGCCAGUAUCGCACUUCUAAUAUGGAUAUCCAUUAUAUUAAUGA